AUGUCGAUUGGUAAAAUAUCGGAAUUUAAAGUGGCCACAGACAAUUGGAAACUAUAUGUGGAAAGGCUCGAACAAUUCUUUGUUGUGAACAAAAUAUCAAGUGAGCUACAUGUACCUACAUUAAUCACGGUUAUGGGGGCGGAGAGUUAUGAACUACUCGUGAGUUUGUGUACCCCGGAAAAACCCACAUCAAAAACGUUUUUAGAGCUAACAAAAAUUUUGGAAAAUUACCUUCAACCAAAACCCAGCGAGCUGGCUGAAAGAUUUAAAUUCCGACAAAGAAAACAAAGGGACGGUGAAAGUAUAUCAGAAUAUGUAACGGACCUAAAGAAAAUGUCGAAAACUUGCGAGUUUGGUAGCUUGUUGCAAGAAAGUUUGCGCGAUCAGUUCGUAUGCGGUAUCAGUAGUGAAACAAUUCGGCAGAGAUUAUUUGCCGAAAGCAAACUAGACUUUGGCAAGGCUUAUCAAUUAGCCGUGAGUAUGGAGGCGGCGGAGAAGGAUGCAGCCAGCGUCGAUGUGCAUCCGAAAAUAUCUGGAGACUCGAGCGCAUCCACAAACUGCUACGCGAUGGUCAGUACAAGACGGACCGGGCGCGCGAUCGGUUGUGACGGCGAGCGGCGCGCGGGCAGUAAGGGCGAGGUCAGGAUGCGUGGCAGAGCAUCCAGGAUAGCAGCAGCAACGCCCACCGGGCCGAGGGUAUCAACAUCGGUGCUGGAUGAUCGACGACGACACCAGCGCGAGUGUCGCGCGUGCGGUAAUGCACACGAUGUAGUGACCUGCAAGUUUGCUCGCUACGUGUGUCGAGUCUGCAAUAAACAAGGGCAUUUACAAAGGAUGUGUCCUUAUCUAGCAGGACAACACAGCCUCAACGUGGUGCAGAGUGAGACUGACAGUUUAUUAAACAGUGAAGAAAGUGACGAGGUAAUGGUUUGCAUUAAUCAAUUAAGCGUUAGUCAUUACAAACCAUUGUUUAUAUCAUUAACAGUACACGGUAGGGAUGUUCAAAUGGAAUGUGAUACAGGCAGUGCCGUUUCAUGUAUUAGCUACGAGUUAUAUAAACAACAAUUCAGUAACCUAAAACUGAAUAUGUGUCCUUUGUUGCUAAGGUACUAUACGGGUGAACAAGUGAAACCUGUGGGUGUGAUAAGGCCUUUAGUAAAGUACAAAGAUAAAGAAAAGCAUCUCGAUUUAUAUGUUAUUCAAAAUGGCAAAAGUAUAUUGUUAGGCAGACAAUGGUUGGCAGAACUCAAUAUACAGUUACCCCCAUUUGGAAGCUUAAACUGUUUAUCGAAUGAUGUUUUUAACUUAAACGAUUUCAGUUCCAGAUAUUGUAAGGUGUUCGCGGACGGCCUGAGACGGUUCACUGGGCCGCCGGUGAGCAUCCGUGUGCGGGAGGGAGCGCAGCCCGUGUUCAUGCGAGCGCGUCCGCUGGCUUAUGCGUUGCGUGCACCCGUGGAGCGCGCACUCGAGCAGCUGGUGGCGGACGGUAUUCUCACACCCGUCGACCGCUCCGACUGGGCGACUCCCAUUGUGCCCGUAGUGAAAAAAGACGGUAAAAUUAGGAUUUGCGCCGAUUAUAAGUUAACUUUAAAUAAAGUUAUAGAAGUCGACCGUUAUCCUUUGCCUAGAGUAGAAGACUUACUGGUACGUUUACAAGGGGGGCAGAGGUUCAGUAAAAUUGACCUUUCACAAGCUUACGCACAAUUUGUACUUGACGAAUCUGCCAAAUAUACGGUGAUCAACACACAUAAAGGUUUGUUUAGGUAUAACCGCUUAGUAUACGGCUUAUCAUCAAGCCCUGGCAUUUUUCAAAAACAUUUAGAGCAAUUAUUUAAUCUACCGUAUGUAGGCGUAUUUUUGGACGAUAUAAUUAUUACAGGGCGCAACACAGAGGAGCAUAUUAGUAAUUUACAUAAAGUAUUUGACCGUUUGCAGUCGUACGGACUUCGAGUUAAAAAGGAAAAGUGUGUAUUUUUUGCUGAAUCAGUCUAUUACUUAGGUUAUGUAAUUAGUAAGGAUGGUAUUCACACUUGUCCGGAUAAGAUUAAGGCAAUAGUAGACACUCCCGUUCCUACGAACGUGUCUGAGUUAAGGGCCUAUAUAGGAAUGAUAAUGUAUUAUGCAAAAUUCGUAAAAAAUAUCAGCACUAUUCUCGCACCCUUAUAUAAUUUAUUGCGUACGGGAAUAAAAUUUGAUUGGUGUGACGAUUGUCAAAGAGCCUUUAAAAAGGUAAAAGAACUAUUGAGUUCUAGUAAAAUUCUAAUGCAUUACUCUAGCGAUUUGCCUAUUGUGCUGACGUGUGAUGCGAGUAGCGUGGGUGUAGGUGCAGUGAUCUCGCACCUGACGCCAGAGGGCGAGCGGCCGGUGGCGUAUGCGUCGCGCUCGCUCACGGCUGCAGAGCGAGCCUACUCGCAGAUCGAUCGGGAGGCGCUCGCUAUUGUGUUCGGUGUAAGAAAAUAUCAUCAGUAUCUUUAUGGGCGAAAAUUCAUAUUGCGUACGGACCAUAAACCGUUAACACACAUAUUCGGUAAAAAAACGGGAAUACCGGUUAUGGCCGCUUCACGUAUCCAACGUUGGGCCGUACUUUUAUCUGGUUACGACUACAAUAUCGAAUACGUAACGUCUAAUAAAAAUUGCGCCGACGGUUUAUCAAGAUUACCAAUUUCUUCUAAUAAUAAAAAAACGAUAAAUAGAGAAAUUACUUAUAUUAACUUCGUUGAAAAUUUUUUACCGGUUACUAAUGAGGAUGUUACGAAGGCGACUUCAAAGGAUAUUAUUCUUAGUAGAAUUUUCGCCUAUAUCAAAUCGGGUUGGCCGACAGUUUGCCCUGGUGAAGAGGUUAAACCUUAUUUUGUUAGGCGCAAUGAACUAUAUUUAGAUAACGGGUCGAUUAUGUGGGGGUAUAGAAUGGUAAUACCUUCAUAUUUACGUCCAAUUAUUUUAAAACAACUACACAGCAGCCACAUGGGUAUUGUGAAAACUAAGGGGCUGGCACGGAGUUAUGUGUGGUGGCCGAACAUCGAUGCGGAUGUGGAAGCGCUAUGCCGAAGCUGCGAGACCUGCGCCUCUGAGGCGGACGCCCCGCCGCGCGCGCCUCCUAACCCCUGGCCCUACUUGCCUCCCUGGCCUAGAGUUCACAUAGACUUCCUAGGACCGUAUAAAGGUAAAACUUAUUUAGUUUUAAUAGAUUCGAGCUCGAAAUGGCUUGAAAUUAUUGAAGUAGCGCGAACGAAUGCGACUUCCAUUGUUAAGGUGCUGAGGUCAAUAUUUGCAAGAUUCGGUUUGCCAUUAGAACUAGUGUCUGACCAGGGACCACCUUUCACAAGUAUUGAAUUUAAAAGUUUUUUGAAAAAUAAUGGCAUUCAGCAAAGGUUUUCACCGGCGUACCACCCUGCAUCUAAUGGGGCAGCGGAAAAUGCUGUUAAGCUGUGUAAGAGGGCAAUUAAAAAGGCUUAUAGGGAUGACGUAGAUAUUGAUACCGCCCUACAAACCUUUUUACUAAGCUAUCGCAACAGUAAGCAAAGCACCACGGGUGAGAGCCCAGCGAUGCUGCUGCAGUGA